CGAGAAAGACUAGCUAAAUGAAAGAUGUUGGUCAUAAACAGGAAGUAAAAGAGCUUUAGGGUUAAAGUUUGUUUGAAGUGGGUCGAUCUGCUCUCAGUGCAAACAGCAGCUGCUAAAGUACAUACUGUACGCUUUGUCUAAAUCAUAAUGGCAACAUUAAGUCUAAUUAAAAAUGUGUUUUGGACCAGCAAAGGGUGCAGCCAUUUAUCCUUCUACAGGAUGUCCUGCACAAAGCUUCAAACGUCAGCUAUUGAUGGUAAGAGAACAUACAACACGAAGGUGCAUGGGGUGCCAACCAUUGCUCAUUUAGUGCGUUCUGUAGAAGAGACACCUGAGCCCAUUCCCACCAUAGUUAAAGGUACCAUCCCAAAAUGGAUCAACGGAAGUCUGCUUCGGAAUGGUCCAGGAAAGUUUGAAUUUGGGAAUCAGCAUUUUAACCACUGGUUUGAUGGAAUGGCUUUGCUGCACCGCUUUCAGAUUGAGGGCGGCAAGGUGACAUACAGGAGUCGCUUCUUGCGCAGUGACUCGUACAAGCAGAACAGUGAAAGGAACCGGAUCAUGGUGUCAGAGUUUGGCACUUUGGCCCUGCCUGAUCCCUGCAAAAAUAUGUUUCAGCGUUUUCUGUCCAGAUUUGAGAUGACAAAACCAACUGAUAAUGCCAGCGUCAACAUCAUUAAAUAUAAGGGCGAUUAUUACGUCAGCACAGAGACAAACUUCAUGCACAGAUUGGACCCGGAGACAUUGGAAAGCAAACAGAAGGUGGACUGGAGCAAAUUCAUAGCAGUAAAUGGUGCUACUGCUCAUCCACACAUUGACCCAGAUGGCACAGCGUACAACAUGGGUAACUCAUACAGCAAGAAAGGGACUUUCUACAACAUCAUCAUGGUGCCACCUGAAAGAGAAGGUCCAGAAGAUACUCUAGAGGAAGCAAAGAUAUUGUGCUCUAUUGCCCCUCAUGACAAAUCCAAACCCUCCUAUUACCACAGUUUUGGAAUGUCGGAGAACUAUGUAGUGUUCAUCGAGCAGCCCAUUAAAAUGGAUCUGUUCAAGAUAAUGACCAGCAAUGUCAGGGGGAAAGCACUAAGUGAGGGUAUUUACUGGGACCCUAACCAGGAAACAAUCUUCCACCUCAUUGACAAACAAACUGGAAAGGAAAGCCCAGUGAAGUACUACACCAAAGCUCUGUCCACCUUCCACCAGAUCAAUGCUUUUGAGCAGGAUGGAUUUCUCAUGCUUGACAUGUGCUGCUCUGAUAAUGGCCAGGCCAUAAACAACUACCUUAUUCAAAACAUGCGUCAAUCAGGAGAGGCAUUGGAUAAAAUGUAUAACAGCAUGGGCCAGGCAUUUCCUCGUCGUUUUGUGCUUCCUCUUAAUAUCACCAAAGACACACCACUGGAACAGAACCUCAACACAAGACCUGACAGUACGGCUACUGCUGUUUGCCGUAUGAAAAAUCAGGUUUACUGCACAUUUGAGGAUCUUCAUAGUGAUGACCUGCAAGAUUACGGUGGCUUGGAGUUCCCUCAUAUUAACUAUGCAAGAUAUAACACCAAACCUUACCGAUACUUUUAUGGUUGUGGUUUACGAAACUUAGUGGGAGAUUCCCUUAUUAAAAUGGAUUUGGAGAGCAAAAAGUUUAAGGUAUGGUGCCAGCCAGAUCUCUACCCAUCAGAGCCUGUUUUUGUUCCUUCACCAAAUGCUGUGGAAGAGGAUGAGGGGAUUAUUUUGUCUGUGGUGAUUACGCCAACUAAGGACAAAAGUUCGUUUCUCCUAGUCCUAGAUGCCAAAACCUUCACAGAGCUGGGAAGAGCUGAAGUGCCUGUCAACAUUCCUUAUGGAUUUCACGGAACAUUUAAUUCCAGUGAAUAAAGCUCACUGGAUCACUUCAACAAA